AUGAAUUAUUUAGACGAAAAAAGUAAACCAGCAAUCUAUGUCUUUCCUUUUUCAGACAAAGAUCGCAGCCACACUACAAGAUAUAUUGUGCGCAGCAUAUCCUGCGCUUUUCUUUUGAGUUAUCCUUUACUUGACAGUUGAUUGUUCUUGUGUAUACUUUAUCUCAAUAUGCCAGGCUUCAGUGAGAUACCUAGUGAAAUUUUACAGCAGAUUUUUGCAUACGUUCAGAAGAGCGCCAAGUACAAGAAAAGCUGGAUGGUGCAAUAUCAGCUUGUCUGUAAGAGAUGGAACCAAGUUGCAAAAACGUGCCUGUAUAGCCUCGUAGAUUUAUGCAACGAUGAGACCAUGGAAAGAUUUUUACACUGUAUGAAAAACAGCAGCGCAGGGCACCUUACUCGAACCAUAUGCCUUAGCACAAGAUACCGAAAAUAUGAAACAGCAGAGCUUUACAUCAAUGAACUUGUUGAAGCCUGUCCAAACGUAGAACGCGUUAAGGGCGCCAUCAGGAACUAUGAUUCUUGGCGUACUAUUACCACUGCCGCAUCAAAGCACUGGCCUCAUAUAAAGGAACUUACUAACCCUUUUUUAUUAACUGAACACCAUAAUUACUUUGACUGUUACAACACACUUAUUUCAUUUUUUCACCAUUCGCUCACUCAUUUCUAUCUACCACCAGAGCAUCCUUCUACUCCAAUAAUGAAAGAACUCUGUCAGCGAUUGCCAGAGUUUAGCAACUUAACGCACUUGACUAUCGACAAGAUGGAAAUCUUUUGGUCACUUAUGGAUUAUGAUGAAAUAAUCCAGCUUUGCCCUAACCUGACACAUAUAAACGCAAACUCAAAGAUGCCUUAUUCGGAUGUGGGGAGCAGAAUACCAACCACACUUGAAAUAUUGUCUACACAACCACAUAGAAACAUCAAGUCUUUACGCGUGUGUCGGGUCAGUCAUCUAGGCAUUGUUGAAUACAUCAUGCACAAGUUUCCCAACCUUCAGGAUCUGCUAUUGGCAUCUUGCGACUAUCCCAAUUUUGAGAGCUAUUUCGAUAAUAUCGGCGAUAGGUUUAUAGAAUAUCUAAACUCAAUGCAAACAUAUAUAAUCAGUGCAACGGGGUCAUUUUCUUUGCUUGAAGCGUACGUAAAGCACACAUUCAACGCACACAUUCAUUUUAGCAGUGAACUAGCUCUCUUUCCAGAACUUUACUUGAAACAGACAAGUAUAGAAAAAACAGCAUAUACACGUUUCGAGAACAAUCCGGAGAAUAAACAAAAGUUUUUACAGAUACUCAAGAGAUACCAACAUAAUGUCACAACGUUUACCUUGAAUCUCGGACCUGACCCUAGCGACAGUACCGCAUGGAUUGAAGGUAUUCUCACUACCUGUACGCAAAUGAAGACUUUCCACUACUGGACAUUUGAGCCUUUCCAGCCGCCAUCACAAGCUGCAAUAGAUGCAAAUAUGCAUUUGAAUUCGACACUAGGUACUCUUACACUGAGAGUGCGUGCCGUAGAAAGCGGAUCACUUGCUGGUUACUUACGUCUCUUGCCGUCAGUACGUCAUGUGGACGUUACAAUUAUUUGCUCCUCUAUGGAUGAAGUUGAAAGUAGAGUGGAUAUGCUAUUCGAUUCCUUUGAUAUUGUGGAUCAAAGUCAUUACAGUAGUUUAAUAGAUGUGUUUGGUAGAAAGGCGCUAUUAGUAAUUGACGAUCGUUUGUCAGAUAAAACGAUAUACUUGGUAGACAUACAACGCAAAAAUAGAACAACCUGGGAACGAACUGAAAGAGUAAGCGAGAACCCUUUGAUCAACGUUUUCGUCGAAAUAGAUCCGAGAGAUGUAUGACCCAUAGUGCACUUAGCAUUAUAAUUGCCAAUAAAAUCAUGGCAUAUUUUGCCAAAUAGUCUCUUUCAGCUUUCACCAACCCUUUAAUUAGUGUCAUCCUAAAUAACUCUUCCAGAUUAUGCACCGUUGGGAUGCUGACUCAACCUUCUCUUUUCUGGCUGUAGUAGGUCAAUAAUGCUCAGAUAUUUGACUCGCUAUAGGGACAAAGCUCUCAUCUCAACGCUCAAAUCUCACGG